AUGACGUCAUUUGGUGGUGGAUGGACAAUGUGUUAUACAACAGACAGUCAUGUCAAUAUAAAGACUGAACUCACCACAACACCAAAACUGGGAUAUCGAGCAGACUGUAACAACAUUCCGUUCACUGAGGUGAUGUUUGUUGAUGAAGAAUCUAAACAAAAGGCAGCUUUUACCAAAGAUGAUGGUUCACCUAUCACAUUUGCUGGUAAUUACAAUAAGCCAAAUGCAGAAUCAUAUGGUUUAUGGACAGCAAAUGAAGAUGGUGUGGCCACGACGGAUUACAAAUAUCAGAUGCUUAUUUGUGACACAUCCUUCUUUAAGGGCCUCCAUUUCUCAGGAUAUACGAAUAACGUCUACAAAAGUUGCGAUAAAUGGCGUAAAGACAUGUCGUCUGUAUAUUUUCGUACAUCUACUUUGACCAAAGGCUACUACGGUGUCGCUUUCAAUGAAAAUGGCCAUGCCUUGGUGUCAAAUCGUUUGAUGAGCGUAGGAAUUCGUUAAUGAGUUGACUAAUUUACAGUUCUUUUAUUCUCAUUAAAUUCAACAGACUAGCCCCUAGUCGGAGUGCCUUGCAUUCUUUUGAUGUCACCGGUUUGAACGCGCAGGAUAGGACUAGCACAAAAUGUUUUUAAUUCUUAAUUCAA